AUGACAUUUGAAGAAUUCACUCAGAAGGUCUUAGAAAAAUUCGACAUUUCCCUUCAUGUGAGGAUGAUGCACUACACCCUCAAGUUUAACCCUAGAGUCAUCCAAGAUUUAGAAGAUGAGGAUGACUUGGAUAACGUGGUUUCCCACAGUGAUGACUUUGCAAAUGUGUACAUAGUCGAGUCACCCGGUGUGGAAGCCAUAGAGGCAAAUAUACCGAAUACACAGUUGGCACUUGGAGGUCCACAUCCUACGUUUCCUUCGUCUAAUGCAUCAUGCGAUGCAAAUCCUAAUACUAUGAUGUUAUCAAGAGGUUUUGCAUCGCGUUGUGCAGAUAGUGAGUACACCCCUUUGGAAUCGAAUCAGUUUCGUGAGGCAAUAUUAGGUUCCGGACAUACAUUUAAGAAUGCAGAUGAGUUUCGGAAUGCAAUAUACCAAAUGUCAUUAGCUGGAAGGUUUCAAUACAAGUACAAGAAAAAUUCACCUACUCAUAUGUCAGUAAAGUCUCAAGAUGAGUGUUCAUAUAAGGUGCGGGUUUCUUCCAAGAGAGGUGCUGUUGUUGUUGAAGACGUGUUUAGAACAACUCUAGAAUACCUUCCUCGACAAAUUUGCAAGGAUUUUGAACGUGAUCAUGGAGUUCAAUUGACUUAUAACCAAGCAUGGCAUCUUAAAGAGAAGGCAAAAGAGUGUGUAUAUGGAUCUCCACGUGAGUCCUACGCGUAUUUGCCUUGGUUAUGCCAUAGGCUAAGGGAAAUUAACCCUGGAACUAUUGCCGAGUACACUUCUCAUGAAGGUCACUUCAAGCAAUUGUUCAUUGCCCACACAUUUUCAAUUCAAGGGUUCACCAUGGGGUGUCGACCGGUAUUGGCUAUUGAUUCUUGCCACCUAAGUGGUCCAUACAAAGGAGCUCUUUUGUCUGCCAUUGCAUAUGAUGCAGAUGAUGGAAUGUUCCCUCUAGCCUUGGGUGUGGUUGGUUCAGAAAAUUAUGAGGAUUGGUAUUGGUUCUUGGAGAAAUUGAAGGGGAUCCUAGAUGGUCAAGAAGUAAUUAUUAUAUCAGAUAGACAUCAAGGGAUAUUGCGUAGUGUUUCAGAGUUGUUUGGGGUAGAAAAUCAUGCCUAUUGUUAUCGACAUGUGAAAGAGAACUUUUCAAGCUUCUUCAACAGGCAAAACAUUAGGGGAAAGAAAGGGAAAAAAGAUGCUUUGUUGCUUUUAAACAACACUGCAUAUGCUCGGUUGGAUAUAGACUACAAUGAGGCGUUUGAAAAACUUGUGCGUUUUAAUGGUGACCUAGCAAGGUGGGUUGCGGAGAAUAGUCCGGAGCAUUGGGCGAUGUCAAAGUUCCUUAAAAAACGUUGGGAUAAAAUGACAACUAAUAUUGCAAAGUCCUUCAAUGCGUGGUUAAGAGAGGAACGACACCAAACAAUUUAUACGUUGCUGAUGAUGCACAUGGAUAAGCUUGUAGCCAUGUUAGACACCCAUAUGCGUGGUACAGAUAAGUGGAAGAGCGUGGUUGGACCCAAAACAGAGGAAAAGCUAAUGUCAAAUAUCACGAGAUCUGCUCCGAUUAUUGUGAUGCCUUAUUUGGGUGGGACGUUCAAGGUUUUUACUGGAGAUGUUUAUUUGGUUGUGGAUAUGCAGCAACAUAAGUUUAUAAUAUUAACAAUGGCUGGUAAUGGCUUAGAUGGUUCUGCUGCCAGUUCACUCCCACUCUCGGGCACAUCAAUGUUUACACGAUGCUCAGCUGCAAGAUUUAAGAAACUCUAUAACCGGUUACCAGAGGCAAAAAUUCAAGCCAUAAGAAACCUCCAAUUUGGAGGUCUCUUAAACUUAAACUGCACAGAGGCGGAUAGAGUUCUCAGCCCAGAAACACUAUCCUGUUACAACCAUCGAUGUUGGCCUCAUUUUCGGCCUCCCAACAGAAGGGCGGAAUUUGCAGGUGACCUCUACAUCAUCAGAUCAUCCAUUUGGGACUAUUUGGGCAUGCGAGGAGAAACUCCUAGACUUACCUGUAGGCGAGGAGUUCCGUAG